AUCUAUAAAAAAAGGGCAGGCUCUCUUUCAAGUCGGAUCUGCUCAGUUAAUUUUCUUUUUUCUCUGUUUUCUUUUUCCUGCUUGUUUGCCUCUCUUUCUAGGUUUCUCGCGCAUUUUCUCGGUUUAUUUCUUGAGGUUUGAUCGGUGAGGGAAUCGGGGGAUUUCAUUUUCCUAGUGUUUUCGAGUGGUUCGAAGAUCGGUCUUUGGAGAAUCCGCACGUGACGAAGAGAUUUUUUUUUCUCUUUUUCAUAUAUGUAAAAGAAUUACUAUUUGGAAGGAUUUGGUUUCGUUUGAACUGGAUUUUUGAAACUCAGGACUUCGUUUUUUCCCCGGGAAAUAAAUCGUUCGAAAUAUUUUCAGAUCUUACUAGAUCCGGUUGUCGGAUCUGAAUCUGAAGAGGAAAAAGUUUUUCAGAAAAGCUCUUUAAAUUGAAUUAUAGUGUAAAGAAUAUCGGAGUUUGUAAAACCGUUUUUUUGAAAAAAUGUCGUCGGCGCCGACGUCUAGCUCCCUAGUUCAACUUCGGAAAAGCUCUUGUUCACUCCCUUCAAUCAACAAAUCUUACCUUAAUCCUCAACUGAAUGUCACCCUUUCAAACCGCCGCAAAACGAGCAACGCUAGAUGCUCCGUUACAAAAAAGUCCUCGGCGGCUUUGGAGAAGAAAUUUCUAGGGACCCGAUUGCGGGGAUCGGAGAAGUUACACUUUUGGCAGUCGGAAGGCCCGGGUCGGGUUCCGAAACUCCGGGUUAUGGUGCGGUCCGCAUUAUCCGGGGUGCCUGAGAAGCCUCUCGGUCUUUAUGAUCCGUCUUUUGAUAAGGAUUCGUGUGGGGUCGGAUUUGUCGCUGAGCUAUCUGGUGACAGCAGCCGUAAAACUGUAACGGAUGCUUUGGAGAUGUUGAUACGGAUGUCACAUAGAGGGGCUUGUGGAUGUGAGACAAAUACUGGAGAUGGAGCUGGUAUUCUUGUGGCUCUUCCCCAUGGUUUCUAUAAGGAGGUUGCAAAAGAUGUUGGGUUUGAGUUGCCACCACCAGGAGAAUACGCGGUGGGCAUGUUCUUUUUGCCCACAUCUGAGAGCCGAAGGGAAGAAAGCAAAAAUGUAUUCACUAAGGUUGCUGAAUCUCUUGGCCAUAGAGUGCUUGGGUGGCGAUCUGUACCAACAGAUAACUCAGGACUUGGCAAUGCUGCUUUGCAGACAGAGCCCGUCAUUGAGCAAGUGUUUCUUACACCCACACCUAGAUCAAAGGCUGACCUUGAACAACAGAUGUACAUAUUAAGGAGGGUUUCAAUGGUUGCCAUCCGAGCUGCAUUGAACCUCCAGCAUGGUGGUGUUAGGGACUUCUAUAUAUGUUCUCUUUCCUCAAGGACUGUUGUAUACAAGGGUCAGUUAAAGCCUGACCAACUGCAAAAUUACUAUUAUGCAGAUCUUGGCAAUGAAAGGUUUACGAGCUACAUGGCCCUGAUACAUUCUCGGUUUUCAACAAAUACAUUUCCUAGCUGGGAUCGUGCACAACCAAUGCGUGUCUUGGGCCAUAAUGGGGAAAUUAAUACACUUAGAGGCAAUAUAAACUGGAUGAAGGCACGUGAAGGAUUAUUAAAGUGCAAGGAGCUUGGUCUCUCAAAGAAUGAGAUGAAAAAGCUUCUUCCCAUUGUGGAUGCCAGUUCAUCUGAUUCGGGGGCUUUUGAUGGUGUCCUUGAGCUUCUGGUUCGAGCUGGUAGAAGUCUCCCCGAAGCAGUAAUGAUGAUGAUCCCUGAAGCCUGGCAAAAUGACAAAAAUAUGGAUCCUCAGCGGAAGGCCUUGUAUGAAUAUUUCUCAGCUCUAAUGGAGCCAUGGGAUGGACCUGCUCUCAUAUCAUUUACUGAUGGUCGCUACCUUGGAGCUACAUUGGAUCGCAAUGGGCUCCGUCCCGGUCGGUUUUAUGUUACACACAGUGGACGAGUCAUCAUGGCCAGUGAAGUUGGUGUAGUGGAUAUUCCUCCUGAAGAUGUGCUCAGGAAAGGAAGACUAAACCCUGGGAUGAUGCUUUUGGUAGAUUUUGAAAACCACAUUGUUGUCGACGAUGAAGCAUUGAAGCAACAAUAUUCACUAGCUAGGCCUUAUGGGGAAUGGCUUCAGAGGCAAAAAAUUGAACUCAAUGACAUUGUAGACUCGGUUCAGGAAUCAGAGAGGCUCCCUCCCUCAAUUGCUGGAUCUAUGCCAGCUUCCAAUGAUGAUGACAACAUGGAUAACUUAGGAAUUCAUGGCUUAUUGGCUCCAUUGAAGGCUUUUGGCUAUACUGUUGAGGCUUUGGAGAUGCUGCUGCUUCCCAUGGCUAAAGAUGGGACAGAGGCCCUUGGUUCAAUGGGAAAUGAUGCUCCAUUGGCAGUUAUGUCCAACCGAGAGAAGCUUACAUUUGAAUAUUUCAAGCAAAUGUUUGCUCAAGUAACCAAUCCCCCUAUUGAUCCUAUUCGAGAGAAAAUAGUGACUUCCAUGGAAUGCAUGAUUGGUCCAGAAGGAGAUCUAACAGAAACAACGGAAGAGCAAUGUCAUCGUCUUUCACUGAAGGGGCCUCUUUUAUCAAUUGAAGAGACUGAAGCAAUUAAAAAGAUGAAUUUCAAAGGUUGGCGGAGUAAAGUUCUUGACAUAACUUAUUCAAAGGACUGUGGGAGGAAGGGUUUAGAGGAAACCUUGGACAGGAUUUGUGCUGAAGCACGAGAUGCGAUUAAGGAAGGUUAUACAUUACUGGUGCUUUCUGACAGAGCUUUUUCAUCGAAGCGUGUUGCUGUGAGCUCCCUCUUGGCUGUUGGUGCUGUUCAUCACCAUCUUGUUAAAAAUCUUGAGCGUACGCGAGUUGGAUUAAUAGUUGAAUCUGCAGAACCACGUGAAGUGCACCAUUUCUGCACAUUGGUUGGAUUUGGUGCAGAUGCUAUAUGCCCAUAUUUGGCCAUAGAGACCAUUUGGAGAUUGCAGGUAGAUGGGAAGAUUCCUCCUAAAUCUAGUGGUGAGUUCCACUCGAAGGAAGAGCUGGUCAAGAAAUAUUUCAAGGCAAGCAACUAUGGAAUGAUGAAGGUUCUUGCCAAAAUGGGGAUAUCUACUCUGGCCUCAUACAAGGGUGCUCAGAUCUUUGAAGCAUUGGGCCUCUCUUCGGAAGUGAUUGAGAAAUGCUUUGCAGGAACUCCGAGCAGAGUUGAAGGAGCAACAUUUGAGAUGCUAGCUCAUGAUGCACUUCAUUUGCAUGAGUUAGCAUUCCCUUCUCGGGCUUUCGCUCCAGGAAGUGCAGAAGCUGUAGCACUGCCUAAUCCUGGAGAUUAUCACUGGAGGAAAGGUGGUGAGGUUCACUUGAAUGAUCCUCUUGCUAUAGCAAAGCUGCAAGAAGCUGCCAGGAGUAACAGCGUUGCUGCCUACAAGGAAUAUGCCAAACGUAUCCAUGAAUUGAAUAAAACCUGUAACCUGCGUGGUAUGUUGAAGUUUAAGGAGUCAGAAGCCAAAAUUCCAUUGGAUGAGGUGGAACCUGCCAGUGAAAUUGUGAAAAGGUUUUGUACUGGGGCCAUGAGUUAUGGAUCAAUAUCAUUGGAGGCACACGCAACCCUGGCUAUUGCUAUGAAUACACUUGGGGGGAAAUCAAAUACUGGUGAGGGAGGUGAGCAACCAUCUCGUAUGGUACCUCUACCUGAUGGUUCUAGGAAUCCAAAACGAAGUGCUAUCAAGCAGGUUGCAAGUGGAAGAUUUGGAGUUUCAAGUUAUUACCUUACUAAUGCUGAUGAACUACAAAUAAAGAUGGCUCAGGGUGCCAAGCCUGGUGAAGGAGGGGAACUUCCAGGUCAUAAGGUAAUAGGAGAUAUUGCUGUCACUAGAAACUCUACAGCUGGUGUGGGACUUAUCAGCCCACCUCCCCAUCAUGAUAUCUAUUCAAUUGAAGACCUUGCACAGCUGAUUCAUGAUCUUAAGAAUUCAAAUCCCUCAGCUCGAAUCAGUGUGAAGCUGGUAUCUGAAGCUGGUGUGGGAGUAAUUGCUAGUGGGGUUGUCAAGGGGCAUGCAGACCAUGUCUUAAUAUCUGGUCAUGAUGGUGGCACUGGGGCCUCACGAUGGACUGGCAUAAAAAAUGCUGGGCUUCCAUGGGAACUUGGUUUGGCUGAGACCCACCAAACUCUAGUUGCCAAUGAUCUCCGUGGCCGUACAGUUCUCCAGACUGAUGGCCAACUUAAAACUGGAAGAGAUGUGGCCAUUGCUGCACUUCUUGGUGCAGAAGAAUUUGGCUUCAGCACAGCUCCUCUAAUAACUCUGGGUUGUAUUAUGAUGCGAAAAUGCCACAAGAACACCUGCCCAGUGGGCAUCGCUACUCAGGAUCCUGUGCUGAGAGAAAAAUUUGCUGGAGAGCCUGAGCAUGUUAUAAACUUUUUCUUUAUGCUAGCUGAGGAGGUCAGGGAGAUAAUGUCUCAGCUUGGUUUCCGAACAGUUACUGAGAUGGUUGGUCGUUCAGAUAUGCUUGAGGUUGAUAAGGAAGUCCUUAGUAAUAAUGAGAAACUUCAGAAUAUUGACCUCUCCUUGCUUCUCAGACCUGCUGCUGAUAUUCGCCCUGAAGCUGCUCAAUAUUGUAUUCAAAAACAGGAUCAUGGCUUGGAUAUGGCUUUGGACCAAAAACUCAUUAAACUAUCUACUGCUGCUCUAGAGAAAGGUCUUCCCGUGUACAUUGAAACACCUAUAUGCAAUGUGAACCGUGCAGUUGGAACAAUGCUGAGCCAUGAAGUGACUAAGCGCUACCACCUUGCAGGGCUUCCAGCUGGUACAAUUCAUAUCAAACUCUCAGGAAGUGCAGGGCAGAGCUUGGGAGCUUUCCUGUGCCCUGGCAUCAUGCUGGAGCUUGAAGGUGAUAGCAAUGACUAUGUUGGAAAAGGAUUAUCAGGUGGAAAAAUUGUAGUUUAUCCUCCUAAAGGAAGUCGGUUUGAUCCUAAGGAAAACAUAGUAAUUGGUAAUGUGGCUCUCUAUGGAGCUACUUCCGGGGAAGCAUAUUUCAAUGGAAUGGCAGCAGAAAGAUUUUGUGUUCGUAAUUCAGGUGCUAAAGCAGUUGUAGAAGGCGUUGGUGAUCAUGGUUGUGAGUACAUGACUGGUGGGACUGUUGUUGUACUUGGAAAAACUGGCAGGAAUUUUGCUGCAGGUAUGAGUGGUGGUAUUGCUUAUGUCCUUGAUGUGGAUGGAAAAUUUCAAUCUCGGUGCAAUCCUGAGCUGGUGGACCUUGAUAAAAUUGAAGAAGAGGAGGAUAUUGUUACUCUAAAGAUGAUGAUUCAGCAACAUCAGCGCCAUACCAACAGCCAGUUAGCUAGAGAAGUACUUGCUGCCUUUGAGAGUCUUCUGCCCAAAUUCAUAAAAGUAUUCCCCAGAGAUUACAAACGUGUUCUGGCAAAGAUGAAAGACCAGGAAGCAUCUGAACGUGCUGCAAAAGAAGCUGAGGAGCAAGAUGAGGUAGAGCUGAUGGAGAAAGAUGCUUUUGAAGAGCUCAAGAAGUUGGCAGCUGCAUCUUCGAAUGAGAAAUCAAGUCUGACAGUCGAGGCUGAACCAGUCAAGAGGCCUACUCAGGUUUCUGAUGCUGUGAAACAUCGUGGUUUUGUUGCUUAUGAGCGUGAAGGUGUUCAAUAUAGAGAUCCUAAUGUUCGGAUGAAUGACUGGAAGGAGGUCAUGGAGGAAUCAAAACCUGGCCCACUUUUUAAGACACAGUCUGCUCGCUGCAUGGACUGUGGUACUCCUUUCUGCCAUCAGGAGAACUCUGGAUGUCCUCUCGGAAACAAAAUACCUGAAUUCAAUGAACUGGUGUACCAAAAUAGGUGGCGUGAAGCACUAGAUCGUCUUCUAGAGACAAAUAACUUCCCAGAGUUCACUGGCCGAGUGUGCCCUGCACCAUGUGAAGGGUCUUGUGUGCUUGGUAUUAUUGAGAAUCCUGUGUCCAUCAAAAGCAUUGAAUGUGCUAUCAUAGACAAGGGAUUUGAGGAAGGGUGGAUGGUGCCACGACCUCCUCUCAAGAGAACAGGGAAAAGCAUUGCUAUUAUUGGAAGUGGACCAUCUGGCUUGGCUGCUGCUGAUCAACUAAAUAGAAUGGGUCACUCUGUGACUGUGUAUGAGCGUGCUGAUAGAAUUGGAGGGCUUAUGAUGUAUGGAGUCCCUAACAUGAAGACUGACAAGGUGGAUGUAGUUCAGCGACGUGUUAACCUUAUGGCUGAGGAAGGAGUUAAAUUUGUCGUCAAUGCAAAUAUUGGAAAAGACCCGUCCUACUCCCUUGACCGGCUUCGAGAGGAAAAUGAUGCCAUUGUUUUGGCAAUUGGAGCCACAAAACCCAGGGACCUUCCUGUACCAGGACGAGAUUUAUCUGGUGUUCAUUUUGCAAUGGAAUUCCUACAUGCAAAUACUAAAAGCUUGCUUGAUUGUGAUCUCCAAGAUGGUAACUACAUAUCAGCUAAGGGCAAGAAAGUAGUAGUCAUCGGUGGAGGUGACACUGGUACAGAUUGCAUUGGGACAUCUAUCCGGCAUGGAUGUAGCAGCAUUGUAAAUCUUGAGUUGCUUCCUCAGCCACCGCAGACAAGAGCUCCUGGCAAUCCUUGGCCACAGUGGCCUCGCAUAUUCCGUGUAGACUAUGGGCACCAAGAAGCUGCUACCAAAUUUGGAAAAGACCCAAGAUCCUAUGAGGUUUUGACUAAGAGGUUUAUAGGAGAUGAUAAUGGAACUGUGAAAGGACUUGAGGUGGUUCGUGUGCGUUGGGAGAAGGAUGCCAGUGGGAGGUUCCAAUUCAAGGAAGUUGAGGGCUCAGAGGAAAUAAUCGAGGCUGACCUAGUCCUGCUAGCCAUGGGAUUCCUUGGCCCUGAGUCGACACUGGCAGAAAAAUUAGGUGUGGAGCAAGACAAUCGGUCAAACUUGAAGGCAGAGUACGGCCGCUUCACGACCAAUGUGGAUGGAGUCUUUGCAGCUGGAGAUUGUCGACGUGGUCAGUCAUUAGUCGUGUGGGCAAUCUCGGAAGGAAGGCAAGCUGCUGCACAAGUCGACAAAUACCUGACUAAGGAAGACAAGGACACAAGUGUAGAGGGUGAGAACCAAGAUUCCGUCAAGCGGCACCAAGACCUUCCCCAAAAGCAGCAAACUGUCAUGAAAUAGAUGAUCCAUCAGAUUGUUAUUGUUUGCGACAUUGGGCUGAAAUGGAACCCGCAUCCAAUACAUUCCGAAGGAAAUUGGUAUUUACAUGGAUGACCAGAGUGGGAAUUAAAGCAUGAAUCUUUUGCGGUUAAACCAGCAAGGGGGAUAUAUGCUUUAAUCUCCCAACAAAGAACCUAUAAGCAAAAAUCAAUAAACAUUCAUGGGGCUGAGCUGAUAUUGAGUAGAUUUAGGGAUAUUUUGUCUUUUCUCAUGUCUUUGUUAUCUUUAUUUAUAGUUUUUAUUCAGGUUCAGCUCUCAUCGUUUUCUUGAAAGGUACAAUAAUGUAUAGUUUUGUCUCUUAAAUCGUUUGGUUUAGACAAGAAUGCGAGGUGCUUUUUAAUAUGAAA